AUGGUGAAACCUGUAUCAGUGACUCGGUUUGCUGGCAGAAACCUGUAUCAGCAACGACUGCCCAGACAGCCUGUCCCCCCUCUGCAGCAGAGCUGUGAGCUUUAUCUCCACUUUCUGGAGCCCAUCGUGGAGGAGGACGAUCUAAAUCGAACUAAAAAGCUGGUGGAAGAGUUUCAGAGAGCUGGGGGGGUCGGAGAGAGACUGCAGAGAGGCCUGGAGAGGAAAGCACAAACCACUGAGAACUGGCUAUCAGAAGAUUAUAUGAAGAAGCACCAUCUCUCCUAUCGGUGUACUGUGUUGUGCGGCUCAACACUUGGGCUUAUCAUGCCCACAAUGGACUUCAGAGAUAAAAAGGGACAAUUGAGGACUGCUGCAGAAAGUAUAUCAGCUAUUGUGGAACUGAAGACAAUGAUUGACAAUGAGACACUACCAAUUGAGCACUUGAAAGGGAAGCCGCUGUGUAUGAAGCAGUACGAGGCGGUGCUUUCAUCCUGUCGUAUCCCUGGACUAGGAAUGGACUCAAUGGAGUAUCACAGCAAGAGCUCCAACCCUCCCAAACAUGUCACUGUGGUACACAACGGUCAUUUCUUUGUGCUGGACGUGUACCAUAGUGAUGGGACUCCGCUGACAAUUAAUCAGCUCUGUGUUCAGCUGGAGAAGAUCUGCAGUUCCUCACCACAGACCAACACAGAACCUGUUGGGAUCCUCCCCUCCGAACAGCGAGACCGCUGGGCCAAGAGCUACAGCAACCUCAUCAAGGAUCAGACCAACAAAGAAUCCCUGUCAGCCAUACAAAGAAGCAUUUCCAUAAUAUCUUUGGACAAAGCAGCUCCCCCAGAGUCUGAUGAGCAGUCUCUGAGUGUUUUUCACCAGAACAUGCAUGGAGGAGGCAGCCAGUCCAACAGUGGAAACCGCUGGUUUGACAAGAGCCUUCAGAGAGCUGCUGCUCCUCCAGCUAAAAGAUCUGCAAAUCUUGUCAAAAGAGGGAGAAAAAAGCCACAGGUGAUGCAGUCUUCCAUGGAGUCUUUGCCUGAGCCCCAGAAACUACAGUUCAACCUUACACCUGAGCUCAAGAAGGACAUUGAGGAGGCCAAGCAGCACUUAGACAUACUGGCCCAAGACACUGAAAUCGGGCAUUCGCUGUUUGAGCACUUUGGGGGAGAUGUCAUUAAAGCCCAUAAGAUGAGCCCUGAUGUUUUCUUACAAAUGGCGAUCCAGCUGGCCUUCUACAGGACUAAGCAGCGGUUGUGUUCAACAUUGGGACCUGCCACCCUGCGUUUAUUCGCUCAGGGACGAGUGGGUGUAGUCAAUUCAGCCUCCCCUGCCGCAGCUUCCUUUGUCAAGGCCUUUGAUGACCCCAAAAAACAGAACUCAGAGAAGAUUGAUUUAUUGGAGAAAGCAAUGAAGGCACACAAAUGGUACACUAACAUGGUAGUUAAUGGCCAGGACAUAGAGAACCAUUUCUUGGGAUUGAAGAUGCAGGCUGUGGAGCAAAAAAUCCCCAUGCCUGAUCUCUUUACAGACGUUUCAUUUGCUAAAGCCUUUGACUAUGAACUCUCAACAUCUCAGGUGGCGACCAGCACUGGAAGUUGGGGUUAUUUGUUUCCACCACAUGGAACAUGGCAGAUGGCGUAUGGUAUUGCUAAUGAUUACAUUGACAUAAUAGUGACUGGUUUCAAAGAAAAUGAUGGUGCAAAAGCAUAUGCAUUGAGCCGAGCCAUGGAGCAGGCACUGUUGGACAUGAAGGCCAUGCUGGAUCAAAGGGAUGAAUUGUGAAGCUAAUCCAGAUUUAACGCAGUAGUUCCACACUAGAAAUGUUCUUUCUGAGAGUUAGAUUAGGAGAUCGAUACACAACUCCAGACCUUCUCACAAACAUUUCAGCCACCAUCAGUUGACUCCUCUGAUUUGUUGGCUUACCUUGUGUAAGUAUUGGGCAUCUGUUGUUGUUGUUGUUGUUGCUGUUGUUUUUUAAUGGGAUGUUUAUUUUUUAUAUAAUGUUCUUGUAUCUUCUAUGUUUCCUUAUUGUUGACCUCCUGCUUUAUGGUCUCACCUUUGGAUUGUAGGUUUACAUAAACAUACACAACCUAAAGCUCUACAGGCCCACUAGCAUAUAAAGACCGACCUCACAUGCAGAUUGUUGAGGCCUUCUAGUAAUAAGCCCCCUUUGCAGCAACUUUUCUUCUAAAAAGUUCAUAUGCACGUCAUAUCCUUGUGCAUUUUUUUUGUAGUUAUCUUUAGUUUGUAGUUUUUUGUAAAGCAAUUUCCUAACCCCUGUUACAUAUACAGGUUGUCCUUAGUAAAUACUGUAUUGUGUAGUAUUUUGUUGGUGUGGUAACCUCAACAUGAAAAUUGCUUGAAACCAUCAAUGCGGUUUUCCAUUAAAUUUUAUGAUUGAAAUGUUAUCUAUAGUAGAUGAGAUUAAGCUCAGUCGCAGAAUGGCCUGAAAACUGGAAAUUUUUGCUUUAAGUGGCUAUAUUUUCACCUGUCAAUGUAUGAAUGUGGAUAUAUAUUUUCUAAUUGGUUGGUAAUAGUUACAUUUUGGACAGUUUGUAUAAUAAGCAUAAUUAUCUCAUUAUCAAGUAGAAUAAAGAAGAAAAUCAAAUUGU